GGUAUUUCGAAAAUAGCUGUCACAAGCAAAACAAUACUCGCGGCCUGACUGUAAAUCGUCCAGCAGCAAAGAAAUCGUUCGUUUCCUCCUCAAUUUCUCUCUCAUCUAUCUUUCCGAUCAAUCGAUUUCCAUAUUAAUCCCCAAUCACUCUCACAAAUCCCCAAACCCUAGUUCUCACUACACCUUUCACGAUUUCAAAUCAAUCACAUCUAUUACAGCACUUUUGAUCGCUGUUGUUAUGUUCCGAUUUUCUUCUGAUCGACUUGCUGUGAAGUUCCUGAACGAAAUUGCGAUUCAUCGGUUGAGUAAUUGAGGUUUUGAUCUGGUAUUUCAUGUUUUCUAGGGUUAGUUCGUAGUAAAUUCAGUUAAACCAGUUUAUUAUGCACAUACAAUUGAUUAUAUGUAUCUAAUGUGUGCUAGACUUCAAUGUUACGAUACCUAGGGUUUAAAGUUACUACUUAUUCCAACAUCCAGGGACUUUUGUAGAAGAACUGGGUGCUAAUCAGUCCCGGCAACGACCGUCGGCUGCGGCCGGUACGGGACUAUGGUCAUUUCUUAGACCUAGCCCUCCUAAACCGUAUUCUCUACAGUAUUUACCGCAAAUGGACUUUGUUUUUCGCCACACAACCGAUCACGCGCACCAUCCGCCGCCACCGGAGGCAUCGACAAGCCCAUCGAUGCCGGCUGUGCAACCUCCGUUGCCACAGCCGUCGUCAUUAGAAGAGCCGGAGUAUCUAGCGAGGUAUCUUGUGGUUAAGCACUCGUGGCGUGGACGCUACAAGAGGAUAUUGUGCAUAUCGAAUCAUGCUAUAGUGACUUUGGAUCCUGCGACGUUGUCGGUUACGAAUUCGUAUGAUGUUAGUAAUGAUUUUGAAGGGGCGUCGCCGAUUAUUGGGAAGGAUGAGAAUGUGCUUGAGUUUAAUGUUAAUGUGAGAACGGAUGGGCGUGGGAAGUUUAAAGGGACGAAGUUGUCGUCUAGGUAUAGAGCGAGUAUAUUGACUGAGUUGCAUAGGAUAAGGUGGAGUAGAAUCGGUACUGUUGCAGAGUUUCCGGUACUUCAUCUUCGAAGAAAGACUGCUGAGUGGGCUCCUUUUAAACUGAAAGUGACAUAUGUUGGAGUUGAACUUGUUGAACCAAAAUCUGGGGAUUUAAGGUGGUGUUUGGAUUUUAGAGACAUGAAUUCCCCAGCUAUUAUUCUUCUUUCGGAUGCUUUUGGGAGGAAAAAUACCGAGCCCGGAGGUUUUGUUCUCUGUCCACUCUACGGAAGAAAAUCUAAAGCUUUUCAAGCUGCUCCAGGAGCUUCAAAUUCAGCCAUAGUAGCAAGUUUGACAAAAACCGCAAAGUCAACAGUUGGGGUAUCGCUAUUGGUUGAAAAUUCCCAAACUCUCACUGUUAGUGAAUAUUUACAAAGAAGGGCUAAAGAUGGUGUAGGAGCAGAAGAAACUCCUUGUGGCGGUUGGUCUGUGAUGAGAUUAAGAACAGCUGCUCAUGGGACACUUGGUGCACCGGGAUUGGGUUUGAUAGUUGGACCAAAGGGUGGACUUGGAGAACAAGGUGACGCUGUACCUCGCCAACUUAUUUUAACAAAGAUUUCACUUGUUGAGAGACGCCCGGAGAACUAUGAGGCUGUUAUAGUCCGUCCUUUAUCUGCUGUGAGUUCCCUUGUUCGAUUUGCUGAGGAACCGCAGAUGUUUGCCAUUGAAUUCAAUGAUGGAUGUCCAGUUCAUGUAUAUUCCAGCACAUCUAGAGAUGGUUUACUUGCAGCAGUUCGGGAUAUGAUACAAACAGAGGGUCAAUGUUCAGUGCCCGUGCUGCCUAGGCUUACACUGCCAGGUCAUCCAAUUGAUCCGCCAUGUGGCAGAGCGCAUUUGCAACUUCAACAAGUCUCCGGUGCACUACAACGCUCUACAGCUGACAUGGAAACAGCAACCAUGCAUUUGAAACACCUGGCUGCAGCCGCCAAAGAUGCAGUGGCUGAAGGCGGUUCAAUUCCUGGAUCAAGAGCUAAACUUUGGCGUAGAAUACGAGAAUUUAACGCAUGUAUUCCGUAUGUCGGUGUACCUCCCAGUAUUGAAGUCCCUGAAGUAACUUUAAUGGCUUUGAUUACAAUGCUUCCAGCUGUUCCGAAUCUUCCGCCGGAGUCUCCACCACUGCCGCCACCUUCUCCUAAAGCAGCCGCCACUGUUACAGGGUUUAUCGCCUGUUUAAGAAGAUUGUUGGCAUCACGAACCGCCACCUCGCACGUUAUGUCAUUUCCUGCAGCUGUUGGGAGGAUUAUGGGUUUGUUAAGAAACGGUUCCGAAGGGGUAGCAGCUGAAGCGUCGGAGCUUAUUGCGGUUCUUAUUGGUGGUGGGCCUGGGGAUAACAACUUGUUAACAGAUUCAAGAGGCGAUUAUCAUGCUACAAUCAUGCAUACAAAAUCUGUAUUAUUCGCUCAUCAGGGUAAUCUUGUAAUUUUGGUAAACCGAUUAAAAUCAAUGUCUGUUUCACCAUUGUUAUCCAUGACGAUUGUGGAAGUUUUGGAGGCGAUGAUAUGUGACCCACAUGGUGAAACCACACAGUAUACUGUGUUUGUUGAGCUGUUACGCCAGGUGGCGGGGUUGAAACGGCGGUUAUUUGCGCUGUUUGGACACCCUGCGGAAAGUGUGCGGGAAACUGUGGCCAUGAUUAUGCGGACAAUCGCCGAAGAAGAUGCAAUUGCAGCAGAGUCCAUGCGGGAUGCGGCCUUACGUGACGGUGCGUUAUUAAGACAUUUAUUUAGUGCUCUUUUUCAUCUUAACGGUGAAAGACGGGAAGUUAGUCGUCAGCUUGUUGGGCUUUGGGCCGACUCUUAUGAACCCGCUCUUGAUUUACUAUCGAGAGUAUUGCCACCUGGGCUGGUGGCUUAUUUACACACUCGUUCGGAAGAUGUUGUUGAAGAUUACCCUAAUCAGGAAGGAUCGUUUAUGAGUAGUAGAAGAAGACGUUUACUUCAACAAAGGAAGAGAACUUUACCUCCUAACAGUGAUCAGCCUGUUCAACCUGGUCAUCCGGUUCAGCCAUCAACGGUUUAUACAGGUGAGAACUUGUCGAGCGAACUGCCGGUUGAUCCUUCUGCUGGUGUAGCUUCGCCCCGUGCGCCGUCUGCGGAUGAUAACGGGUUGAUUGAACCUGCUAUUACAAAUUCGGUUGAUUUGGAAGGGACACCCACCACGGAAAUUACCGCUCCGGCUCAGGUUGUUAUAGAGAAUACACCGGUUGGGUCUGGGAGAUUGCUGUUAAAUUGGCCUGAAUUUUGGCGAGCUUUUAGUCUUGAUCAUAACCGUGCCGAUUUGAUUUGGAAUGAACGGACCCGACAGGAACUGAGAGGGGCGUUACAGGCCGAGGUUCAUAAACUCGAUGUUGAAAAAGAACGAACGGAAGAUAUUGUUCCCGGAAGUCAACCAACUGGUCAAGAAAGUCUUCCGCAAAUAUCUUGGAAUUACACCGAGUUUUCGGUUAGGUACCCAAGCUUAUCUAAAGAAGUUUGUGUGGGUCAAUACUAUCUACGACUGCUGCUUGAGAGUGGGACCAAUGGGAGGGCAGAGAAGUUUCCUCUGCGGGACCCAGUUGUUUUCUUUCGGGCUUUGUAUCACCGGUUCUUAUGUGAUGCAGAUAUGGGUCUUACGGUUGAUGGUGCUGUUCCUGAUGAAAUGGGGAAUUCUGAUGAUUGGUGUGAUAUGGGAAGACUCGAUGGGUUUGGAGGUGGUGCUGGGUUUUCGGUUAGAGAGCUUUGUGCUCGAGCCAUGGCUAUUGUGUAUGAGCAACAUCAUAAUCUUAUCGGCCCAUUCGAAGGUACAGCACACAUUACGGUUCUUUUGGAUAGAACUGAUGAUAGAGCAUUGAGGCACCGUUUGCUGCUGCUUCUUAAGGUUUUAAUGAAGGUGCUAUCGAAUGUGGAGGCUUGUGUAUUGGUUGGAGGGUGUGUUCUGGCAGUUGAUUUACUGACAACUGUCCAUGAAGUUUCAGAAAGAACAGUUAUUCCUUUGCAAUCUAAUUUGAUAGCUGCUUCUGCUUUCAUGGAACCAUUGAAGGAAUGGUUGUAUAUUGGUAAGGAUGGUAAACAAGCCGGCCCGGUGGAGAAAGAUGCCAUCAGAAGAUUUUGGUCAAAGAAAACCAUUGACUGGACAACAAAAUGUUGGUCCUCCGGAAUGCCUGAUUGGAAAAGGUUGCGUGAUAUCCGUGAACUUCGUUGGGCUCUGGCGGGCAGAGUUCCUGUUCUCACUCCUCCCCAGGCAGGUGAGGCAGCCUUGUCCAUAUUACACAGCAUGGUCUCUGCACAUUCAGAUAUAGAUGACGCAGGAGAGAUCGUUACACCGACACCUAGAGUCAAACGGAUCUUAUCAAGUCCGCGUUGUCUUCCCCAUAUUGCACAGGCUAUGCUAUCUGGGGAACCACCUAUUGUGGAGGUUUCUGCUGCUUUAAUUAAGGCUGUUGUUACCCGAAAUCCAAAAGCAAUGAUACGACUGUACAGUAGUGGUGUAUUUUAUUUUGCUUUAGCAUACCCUGGAUCUAACCUCCUUACAAUUGCUCAACUCUUUGCCGCCACCCAUGUCCACCAAGCGUUUCAUGGCGGUGAAGAGGCGGCAGUUUCUUCAUCUCUGCCAUUAGCAAAACGGAGCGUGCUUGGUGGGCUUUUACCCGAGUCUUUACUUUAUGUUCUGGAACGCAGUGGCCCAACUGCAUUUGCUGCAGCCAUGGUUUCUGAUUCUGACACUCCCGAGAUUAUAUGGACCCACAAAAUGCGUGCAGACAAUCUCAUUCAUCAGGUGUUGCAGCAUCUUGGUGAUUUCCCGCAGAAAUUAUCUCAACACUGUCACUGUUUAUACGAUUAUGCUCCUAUGCCACCUGUCACAUAUCCUGAGCUUCGAGAUGAAAUGUGGUGCCACCGUUAUUACCUCAGGAACUUAUGUGACGAGAUCCGGUUUCCCAAUUGGCCGAUUGUUGAGCAUGUUGAGUUUUUACAAUCAUUGCUUGUAAUGUGGCGUGAAGAAUUAACAAGAAAACCUAUGGAUCUUUCUGAAGAAGAAGCUUGUAGAAUAUUACAGAUUUCGAUAAGUGAUAUUACGAAAGAUGAAACUGAUAACAUAUACUCCAAUGGGAAUUCGGAGGAUAGUUAUAGCCUAUCGAAACGAAUCGAGAAUAUUGAUGAAGAAAAACUUAAGAGACAAUAUAGAAAGCUUGCAAUGAAAUAUCAUCCCGACAAAAAUCCUCAAGGUAGAGAGAAGUUUCUGGCAGUACAGAAAGCAUAUGAACGUUUACAGGCAAUAAUACAAGGUUUGCAAGGCCCACAACCAUGGAGGUUACUGCUUUUGUUAAAGGGACAGUGCAUAUUAUACAGACGUUAUGGAGAUGUGCUGGAGCCAUUCAAGUAUGCUGGAUAUCCAAUGUUGUUAAAUGCUGUAACGGUUGAUAGUGAUGACACCAAUUUCUUAUCCUCAGAACGGGCACCUUUACUUGUUGCAGCCUCAGAACUCAUGUGGCUAACAUGUGCGUCUUCUUCAUUAAACGGUGAAGAGCUUGUGAGGGACGGUGGCAUACAACUGCUUGCAACACUUCUCUCACGGUGCAUGUGUGUGGUUCAACCAACAACUCACGGAAAUGAACCAUCCACCAUUAUUGUGACUAACGUGAUGCGGACCUUUUCUAGCCUGAGCCAGUUUGAGAGUGCUAGAGCCGAGGUCCUUGGGUUCCCUGGGCUAGUUGAGGACAUUGUGCACUGUACCGAACUUCAGCUCGCACCAGCAGCUGUUGAUGCAGCCCUUCAAACCAUUGCUCAUCUGUGUGUAUCCUCCGAAUUACAAAAUGCUUUGUUGAAGGCAGGGGUACUAUGGUAUCUGUUACCAUUGUUACUUGAAUACGACUCGACAGCAGAAGAACCUGAUACCACAGAGGCACACGGGGUGGGCGCUAGUGUGCAAACCGCUAAAAACUUGCAUGCGGUACGGGCUGCUCGUGCACUAUCAAGAAUUAGUGGCAUGGCCAUUGAAAGCUCAACACCUUAUAACCAAGAUGCAGCUGAUGCUCUCAAAGCUCUUUUAACUCCUAAACUUGCUAGCAUGCUAAAAGACGAGCUACCAAAAGACCUUUUGAUCAAAUUAAACUCGAAUUUGGAGUUACCAGAGAUUAUAUGGAACUCUUCAACCCGAGCGGAGCUAUUGAAAUAUGUUGACCAGAAACGUGCAGCCUUAGCACCAGAUGAUUCUCAUGACUUAAAGGAUUCACAUGCCUUUAUAUACGAAGCUUUAUCGAAAGAGAUCCUAAUCGGAAAUGUGUAUCUAAGGGUUUAUAAUGAUCAGCCCAACUUUGAAGUCAGUGAACCAGAAUCCUUUUGUGUUGCCCUUGUGGAAUUUAUAUCAAGCAUAGUUCGCAAUCAACACACUUCAGAGCUUGAAAGAAAUCAUGAUGAUGUUAAAUCAUAUAACGAAGAGAAAGUUGUAGAUGAUACCGUAACCGUAACAUCAUCUGAUGGGAACUUAACGGAUAAGGAAGAUCUGGGUAUGGUUGGAAACCUUCAACUUGGUCUGACCUCUCUUCAGAAUUUGCUAACAAGCGACCCUAAUUUGGCAUCUGUAUUUUCAUCAAAAGAAAAAUUAUUACCUCUUUUCGAAUGUUUUUCUGUUCCGGUUUCCUCCGGAAGCAACAUUCCGCAACUAUGUUUGAAUGUGCUGUCGCGUUUAACAACACACGCUCCUUGUUUGGAGGCUAUGGUAGCGGAUGGAUCUAGUGUUCUUCUUUUACUACAAAUGCUUCAUUCUACCCCUAAUUGCCGAGAAGGUGUUCUUCAUGUUCUUUAUGCCCUUGCAACCACACCGGAACUCGCAUGGGCUGCUGCCAAACACGGCGGUGUUGUCUACAUUCUUGAACUUCUCCUCCCGCUGCGUGAAGUCCCGCGACCUCAAAGAGCAGCGGCGGCCUCUUUAUUAGGGAAGCUUGUGGCCCAACCGAUGCACGGGCCGAGGGUAGCGAUCACACUUGCACGAUUUCUGCCAGAUGGAUUGGUAUCUAUAAUUAGGGAUGGGCCCGGUGAGGCUGUCGUAAGUGCUCUUGAACAAACGACAGAAACGCCAGAACUCGUAUGGACACCAGCAAUGGCUGCUUCUUUAGCAGCACAGGUUGCAACAAUGGCGUCAGAUGUUUACCAGGAGCAGAUGAAAGGUCGGGUUUUCGAUUGGGAUGUACCGGAACAAGCCUCUAGCCAACCCGAAAUGAGAGACGAGCCUCAGGUUGGUGGAAUCUACGUAAGACUAUUCUUAAAAGACCCGAAAUUCCCACUUAGAAACCCAAAGAGAUUUCUCGAAGGGUUGUUAGACCAGUAUCUUUCAUCAAUCGCCGCAACACAUCACGACAAUCAAGGAUCGGAUCCCGAGCUCCCACUACUAUUAUCCGCCGCAUUGGUAUCGUUGUUGCGAGUCCACCCUGCUCUUGCAGAUCACGUCGGGUUUUUAGGUUACGUCCCCAAAUUACUGUCUGCAGUAGCCUUUGAGGCAAGGCGUGAAACAAUGUCUUCAGAAGAAUCUAGAAUGCCAGAUGCACCAUUUGAAGAUGAGGAUAGUGAUAAUCCUUCCCAGGUGUCGCAAACGCCGCAAGAACGCGUGCGGCUUAGCUGCUUACGCGUGCUACAUCAAUUGGCCGCUAGCACCACGUGUGCAGAAGCCAUGGCCGCUACUAGUGUUGGGACAACUCAGGUGGUUCCACUGUUAAUGAAAGCCAUUGGAUGGCAAGGUGGAAGCAUACUAGCACUUGAGACACUAAAACGUGUGGUGGUUGCUGGAAAUAGAGCAAGGGAUGCACUUGUUGCACAAGGUCUCAGGGUUGGGCUUAUUGAAGUACUGCUGGGGCUUCUCGAUUGGAGAGCCGGAGGGAGAAACGGGCUUCGCUCUCAAAUGAAGUGGAAUGAAUCUGAAGCAUCCAUUGGUCGGGUGCUUGCAAUAGAGGUAUUGCAUGCAUUUGCAACGGAAGGGGCCCACUGUACUAAAGUUCGGGACAUACUUGAUUCCUCUGAAGUUUGGGCGGCAUAUAAAGACCAAAAACACGAUCUUUUCCUUCCUUCGAAUGCGCAAAUAGCAAGUGCUGGGAUUGCUGGACUGAUAGAAAAUUCUUCACCAACGAGAAUCGCUUAUUCGUUAACUGCCCCGCCCCCACCACCACCCCAGUCAAAUCCAUCAUCACCACCUGCUGCUGUCACAUAUGAUUUGAAUGGGUCAUAAAUGAGUUGAUUUUACUACACAAAACAAUCAUAAAGUAAGGAUGUGUCCGGGCCGACAAAUAACAAACGCGUCAUAUUUCUCUCUUUGUAUAGCAUACUGUACAGGUUUUCUAUCUUUCGGUCUUAUGCUACUGAGGUGGGAGAUGGAUCUUUUUCUUUUGAGAUAAAAGUUAUGAUAAUUGUGAUUUUAUGUAAAGAAUCUUUAGAUGAAUGCCAGUUUUUUUGCGUAGAUAGUUUGAGGUGAUCUGACUUUUGUUAAGUUGCUUUACUAUGUUUGGUUUGAAGAGGAAAUUAUAUGCUUUAUUUG